UAAGCGUUUCGAUCUGUACUUUGAAAGCAGCUGACAGCGUGCAGUAAUGUGCUGACUGGCACUAUGGGCAGGCGGUACCCGGGGGCUCACUAUCGGCCAAGCAGCUCAUAUUUGAAAUUAUAAUCUAUUUCCUGAUGCAUUGCUGACGCCCCGUGAGCCAUGUCAGAAGUACUUCCAGUCGAUUCCAGUGUGGACGCGCUGGCUGUGUUUAUGGCAAGCAGCAGCACAAUGGACGUUGUGAACCGCAACAACCCUGCCACCCCGCCCAACACCCUCAACCUGCGCUCCUCUCAUAACGAACUUCUGAAUGCAGAAAUCAGGCUCACGGAGACCAAGAACAGCACCCCUCCAAAAUGCAGGAAAAAGUACGCACUGACUAACAUUCAGACAGCCAUGGGUCUUUCUGAUCCAGCAGCGCAACCCCUUCUGGGGAACAGCUCUGCUAAUAUAAAACUGGUGAAGAAUGGAGAAAACCAGCUCAGGAAAGCCGCUGAGCAGGGACAGCAGGAUCCCAACAAAAACCUCAGUACCACGGCGGGCGUAAACGUAACUUCUGAGAAGUCUGAGGGCAAAGAGCUGAUCCCGCAGGAUUCCUCUGGCUGUGAAAUAUUACCCUCACAGCCAAGGAGGACCAAGAGCUUCCUGAAUUACUACGCAGAUCUAGAGACGUCUGCUAGAGAGCUAGAGCAGAGUUUAGUUGCGAUGGAAGAUAAAUCUGCACAAAGCAACAGCCAGGCUUCUACUGUUACUGUCAACGGGGAAGUCCUGCCCCGGAAACAAAACAAGAUAUCAAGCCCAGAGGAUGGCCAAGUUGCCACGGUGUCGUCAAGCCCUGAGACUAAGAAAGACCACCCCAAGACUGGGGCCAAAACAGAUUGUGCGCUCCAUAGGAUUCAAAACCUGGCGCCGAGCGAUGAGGACUCCAGCUGGACCACGCUGUCCCAGGACAGCGCCUCGCUGAGCUCGCCCGACGAAACAGAUAUAUGGAGUGAUCAUUCCUUUCAGACAGACCCAGACUUACCACCUGGAUGGAAAAAAAUCAAUGACAUUGCUGGGAUCUACUACUGGCACAUACCAACAGGAACAACUCAAUGGCAGCGACCUGUGUCCAUCCCAACAGAUCUCCAGGGCUCCCAAAAAGGAUCACUUGGUUCCAUUACUCCGUCUCCUACUCCAGAAACUGAGAAACAGCCAUGGAGUGAUUUUGCUGUACUGAAUGGGGGAAAGAUUAAUAGUGACAUUUGGAAGGAUCUGCAUGCAGCCACUGUGAACCCGGACCCAAGCCUGAAGGAGUUUGAAGGAGCAACGUUACGCUACGCCUCUCUGAAGCUCAGAAAUGGUCCACAAUCUGAUGAUGAUGAUUCCUGUAGCAUCAACAGUGAUCCAGAAUCCAAG